UAGGACCAAGCGUUUGUAGUUUUAUUGGACGUUAGCGUAAAUUCGCCGCAAUGGCGGAGGGAACCGCAGUUGCUGUCGGAGCUGGGGUCGAUGUAAACACAGCUGGAAACCCAACAGAAAUUGCAAUGGCUUAUUUACAAGUCGAGAAGACUGAUGGAGACAUGGCGAACCUGAACCUGGGAGAACUGGACCUCACCACCGAUGAAUUUAUCUUGGAUGAAGUGGACAUUCACAUUCAGGCCAAUCUUGAAGAUGACCUCGUGAAGGAGGCGCUCAAAACGGGCGUUGACCUCAGGCAGUACUCCAAACAGGUGGAGGCAGAGCUGCAGAGGAUCGAACAGGCCUCCAUCAAAGACUACAUCAAGGAGAGUCAGAACAUCGCUCUCCUGCACAACCAGAUCACCGCCUGUGACUCCAUACUGGAGCGUAUGGAGGGCAUGCUGAGCGGCUUCCAGAGCGACCUGUCCUCCAUCAGCAGUGAGAUCCAGACUCUGCAGCAGCAGUCGGUCAGCAUGAACGUCCGGCUGAAGAACAGGCAGGCCGUACGCAGCCACCUCAGCCAGCUGGUGGACGAGCUGGUGGUGCCCGGAGCCAUGAUCUCCACCGUCAUGGAAAGCCCCGUGACGGAGCAGGAGUUCCUGGAGCAGCUCCACGAGCUCAACAACAAGAUCAACUUCGCCAAAGAGCUGAGCUUCAGAGAGACGCUGGCCUGCUCCGACAUCCAGGACAUCGUGGACCGCCUCAAACUCAAGGCUGUAUCAAAGAUCAGAGAGUUCAUUCUCCAGAAGAUCUACUCCUUCAGGAAGCCAAUGACCAACUACCAGAUACCACAGAACACUCUGCUCAAAUACAGAUUUUUCUACCAGUUCCUUUUGGCCAACGAGAGGACUGUGGCGAAAGAGAUCCGGGACGAAUACGUGGACACGAUGAGCAAAAUUUACUACAGUUACUUCAAGUCGUACAGCGGCAGGCUGCUCAAAGUGCAGUAUGAGGAGGUGGCAGACAAAGACGACCUGAUGGGGGUAGAAGACACAGCCAAGAAAGGUUUCUUCUCCAAGCCGUCAUUGAAAAGCAGGAACACCAUCUUCACUCUGGGCCAGAGGGGGGCCAUCCUGAGUCCCGCCGAGCUGGAGGGGCCAAUCCUGGUUCCACACACAGCUCAGAGAGGAGACAGCAGGUAUCCCUAUGAGACGCUGUUCCGCAGUCAACACUACGCUCUGCUGGACAACGGCUGCAGAGAAUACCUCUUCCUGUCAGACUUCUUCAUGGUGGCAGGAAACUCCGCCCUCGACCUCUUCAACAGCAUCAUGGGAAAAACUCUCAGCAUGUUCCUGAAGAGCAUGUCCACAUAUGUGUCCGACUGCUACGACAGCAUCGCCGUCUUCCUGUGUAUCCACAUCAUCCUCAGGUUCAGAGCCAUCACCGCCAAGAGGAACAUCCCCGCUCUCGACAAGUACUGGGAGGCGGUGCUGGAGCUGCUGUGGCCAAGGUUCGAACUGAUUCUGGAAAUGAACAUCCACAGCAUCCGAAACACUGACCCUCAGAAACUGGGAGUGCUGGACACCAGACCGCACUACAUCACUCGUCGUUACGCGGAGUUCUCGUCAGCCAUUGUCAGCAUCAAUCAGACGUUUCCCAACGAGAGGACCAACACUCUGCUGGGACAGCUGCAGGUUGAGGUGGAAAACUUUGUGCUGAAGAUGGCGGCGGAGUUUCCCUCCAGACGAGACCAGCUCAUCUUCCUCAUCAACAACUACGACAUGAUGCUCGGCGUUCUCAUGGAGAGGGCAGCAGACGACAGUAAAGAGGUAGAGGGUUUCCAACAGCUGCUCCUGGCCAGGACACAGGAGUUUAUCGAGGAGAUUUUGUCUCCCCCCUUUGGAGGGAUGAUCGCCUUUGUGAAGGAGGCCGAGGCACUGAUGGAGAAAGGGCAGCUGGACCGACUGAAGAAUGAGGAAGCUCGGAUCACUCAGCUGGUCCGGGGGUUUUCCAGUACGUGGAAACAGUCGGUGGAGUCGAUGAGUCAGGACGUCAUGAGGUCUUUCACCAACUUCAAAAAUGGAACGAGCAUCAUACAGGGCGCUCUGACCCAGCUGAUCCAGUACUACCACGGUUUCCACAAGAUCCUGAACCAGCCGACGUUCCGCAGCCUGGCGGUCCGCUCCGAGCUCAUCAACCUGCACCACCUCAUGGUCGAGGUCAAGAAGCACAAACCCAACUUCUAACAGGAUGGGAUGCCUUUGUCUGAGGGGGGGGAAACCCACCCACCCCUGGUAAAGAAUCUGCUUCUUCAACAAACCAGAAACAUGAGCAUGAUACAUGGAAAAACAUCUGGAGUCUGGAGAUGUGGAUUCCCUCCAGAUGUGUGUAAAUUUUUGGAAAGCAUUAACUCCAGCUAAAGAACAAGUGGUGUGAUGGAUCAGUAAGGGCAGAUGAGGGGAAGUCCUCACCGGAUCUGAGUGGAAGUGUGUUUUUUGAUUAGAAUUCGAUGUCACUCUUUGACUGUAAAGAAACCUGCAGCCGAUCGACCACUCGUCCUCACUUUGUCACUCACAUUUCAGUCCUCAGACCUUCAUCAGGUGAAACCCACGCACUGCACACGACCAAAGUGUCACCCAUGAAGCGAGUACGUGUGAUCGAGGGGUGUGUUCGAGAUGCUGUGGUUUCUUUUCAGCCAACAACAAAACUUUGUAGUGUGCAAGAAACUGAACUCAUGACCAAGUGUGUUACAAAAAAGCCUAAAGUGACAACUAGUUCUUGCAUCAACGUAAAUGAAACUAAAUUUGCAAGUGAAAUAAUCAAAAACAGGAGUAAAAAUAAACAAAAGAAUUAUGAAAAUGAGCAUUUAUAUUCAAAUUACUGAUAGAGGUUCAGUACAGGAUGCAAAUUUGGACUUUUAUUAUGAAACACUGAGCAGACACUUGUUUAUUUUCACCUUUAUUUUGUAUUUAAAGUAAGACCAUGUACCUUUUUGUUAAACAACAACCACUUCAAGAAGAGUUGAAUUUGAGUUCAGGUGAUAUGAACUUUUCGUUUGUAUGUGGAAGAGUGUCUAAUUUCUUUUUUUCAAUAGGUGCAUAGUCUUGCUGUUUAUUCCAGUAAAAUAAAUCAUACAUUUGUAAAAAUUUAAUUUAUAACACUGCACUAGUGAGAGACGAACUCUUGCGAACACAUUACUUGAAAAACUGUCUUUUUUUUUUUUCUUUUUUUUUUUUUUUGGUGUGUGUUCAUGUGUUGCAGCUUCAGCGGGUGAGACUGGUCAUUAAAGUUAAAGAAUGUGAUAUUCUGUGGUUUUUCCUCUUGUCAUCAAAUCUCAGUUUAAAAGAGGCUCAGUAAACAGGAGGAAAUGCUGCAUUUUGUGGGGACUAUUUUCAGCGGCGGAUUAAUCCACAUUUGCUGCUGUAGUGGGUAUUUUGAGUAGCAGGCCGAUGUGUGUGGGAGUGAGUGAAAAUAAACUUGUGCACAGUGUGUGUUCAUGUAAUGAAGGCUGUCACCCAGUGCAACAGUGUGGCUCAGUGAUGUGUUUUUAAUGGUGUUUGGAAACAAUGGAGCUCUGGCUCAGAGGAGUCAGAUGCAUCAGACUGUCACACACACAAUAGGAGAUUAUCUGUGUUGGUUUUGGUCUGCGGAUGAGAUUUAAUGACUAUAAGAGGAGGUGUGUCCUGAAGUCGUGGUGUGCCUUUGCUCGUUUUAUCUCCAGUAGCCGUACAGAGUUCAUUGUGUUGCUUCUACUUGUCUGAAUCUGUCUGUGAAGUCAUUCCAACAGUCUGUGGAGUUUAACAAGGAAUCAUUGAAAUACAACAUG